ACGUGUUUCCGCUUUUAAAGACUCCCUGUAUAUAUAUGCGUCGCUGAGCAAACAAGCGAAGCAAAAAUCACAAACGAUUCCUGAAUACUAGUGCCCUAGAAGGAAAAAUAAUGGAGGUGAAAGCCAAUGGUCCGAAUGAUGAAUCGGGUCGGAUACCGGACGGCCCAACGAAUCCCAUGGUCACGCCUCUUUUAACGGAUCUCUAUCAGUUCACCAUGGCUUAUGCUUACUGGAAAGCCGGCAAGCAUCAAGAGCGAGCUGUGUUUGAUUUAUAUUUUCGGAAGAAUCCAUUUGGUGGUGAGUAUACAGUCUUUGCUGGAUUAGAAGAAUGCAUAAGGUUCAUUGCUAAUUUCAAAUUCACCGAGGAUGAGAUCUCUUUCAGACUGAGAUGGACAUUUGGAAAGGCCUAGAAAUAUCAGAGGCAU